AUGACGCGGAACAACCUCAGUGACCACCUGACCUGGUUGUUACGCAACACGUCUCUCGCGGUCCCCAAGACUCUUGAGCUUCCGAGCAACAGCAAUAGCGACGCCUCGUUUAUCGAGGGCUCGUCUCAGAGCCAGAGUCAUAAUCGAAAUCAGAACCGGGGCAGCGUCUCAUCCUCAAGCACGUUUAUCGAAAGCUCUCUCUCGGACUCGGACACCCGGUCCAAACCUACUCUCAAUCGGCAACAGUCCUCCGCCAAGCCAAAGGUCACCCGUUCGGCGGCACCAACAGCCGGGAAUGAACCUCUCCGCAUAACGGAAGUUCGGCAGAAAGAGGAGGAAGAAGAAGACGAAGAGGAGGAAGCUUGGGCAGAAAUGGGGCGUAUGGCCGCGGCGGCGAGCCAGAAGAAGCCCUCGCUCGUCUCGAAACUCGACCAGCUUCCCACGCCAGUUCCCACGAAGACUCCAAGAAAUCCGGCCGCUGUCAAGUCACACCUCUGUAGCAGUUCCAAGAAGGAACACCUCAAUACACCCUCGAACUCGCGUAAAGCGCAUAUAUUGCCAACCCUGGAUGUCUCUGACUUCCCCAGCCUCGAGGGCAACGACUGGGAUUGCAUGGACCUGACCGCCGACGACAAGGCUCCUUCGUCCGACUCUUUCACUUUUGGCAGCGACACCAAGCUCUGUGAUGAAGACGCCGCCUCGCGGCCUGAGCCUCAUGCUUCUAAGAAGGGAAAGAAGAGGAAGAGCAGCGACAUUGCCGGGAACGAGUUCAGCGACGACGAAGAAGAAUUCCCCGACAUAUACCGUCUGCUGGGCGAGACACCGCCGGUGGCAACACCGGGGAACAGGAAACGCGAUCCGACCAAGAAAUCGACACAGAAACGGGACACUGCGAAGCGCCUGAAGAGCCCGGGGGAGACUAACCUACCGGACCAGUCGUCACCAACGUUGCAGAAGAAAACGACAACCAAGCAAGAGCAAAGGCUGAUGGCGACGCCCCCUCCUGUGGUAAGCAAACCUCUAAAGCCAAAGGUUGAGCCUCAGACCCAGAACGACGCAUUCGAAGAAUGGGUGGCGGCUGGUGGGGGGGAGGGUAAAUUCGACGACAACAUGAUUAUCCCCGACUCGGAUGAUGAGUUUGUCACGCCUCCGUCUCAUAAUACAUCGGCAGUGCUGGGCGCAAUCACUGUACCCGAAUCGUUACAGAAGCCCCUCGGCUCUCCAACCAGACAGUCUCCAACCAGACAGUCCAACCCGCAACGCCCACCCAACUCUCCGAGUCGCCCAGAUUCGACAGGUAUAUCGCCCAACGUCACCGGUUCCGGGGCGGGACAUAGCCAACAGUUCUUGAAGGACUCAGUCGACCCAGGGUUCGCAGCUCCCGACGAGAGGCUCAAGUUGCUGGCGAUGUUGUCGGCAACUCCUGAUGCCCUCAGAGUCGCAUGCGAGUCCUUGGAACGCCAGAUUAUCCACAACGACGAGAGCUUCCGACGCGCAAUUGACGAACGCGCUCCCAAGGAGAGACGCAACCAGAUCAAGACCGCAAAGGAACGCUUGUUGAAGCAACAGAGGUGCCUCCGAGGUCUUUCCGCUCCACUGCAAGAAUACAGAAAACUCUGCGAGCAGCGCGAGGCGCUGGCACAGCAGGUGUCACAGUCAUAUAUUGACGGUCUCAACACGGACGAGGACGAAUCGCGACUGGACCAGCUGACAGAUGGGAUACAAGAGACGGAAGAAGCCCUCCUGAAGACGCUGUCCGAGGCCGGCGUCGAUACCCAGACUCCCCUCUCGUCAUCACAAUCUGCCUCUACCUCGACGUCUAGGGACAUCGUGGUCCCCGACACCCAGCCUCAUAGUCGCCCUUCGGUAGACAUAUCACAUAUCCCGUCGGCCGACUCGUCCCUCGUGGAAAUCGUGCCUGAGAUCGUCCAGCAGACGCAGGUUUCUGCACAGGCCAGGAUAUGGAACGAGCCUAUUCCCUCUACGAAGGUUGAUUCGCGUAACGCUGUUCUGUCUCAAGAUGAUGACUCACGAGAUGAGCCGUUCCCGAGGCAGGUACGGAAUACGCCCCAAGCUCCGAACUCAACUCGAACUCAUGGCCAGGGAAACAAGAGGAACGACCCUCACACGUCGGUUGAUAUGGGCGUGCCCGAGGAUCUGUUCUCUGAUCUGGAUGAUAUUGACAUGUACCCCUUGCCACGGUCCGCGAAAAAAGCACCGCAACUCCCCCCUCCGCCGCCCCCUCCGCCGCCCCAUCGGAACCAGCCCUACAGGCCUCGUGCAGAGGACUUUAGCGACUUCAGCGACGACACAGAGAUGCUGGCCCUGGCACAGGACUACGAGUCGCAUCCCGCACCGCAGCCGGUCUCACGCCGGACCUUCACGGAAAUAUCGGGCAAUGUGGUCCCUCCGCCGCCGACCAGUCGCCCGACAAAGAAGCUGCCAGCUACGUCAGCGUCCGGACCGGCUAUCCCGCCCGAACUGAUGACGCACCCAUGGUCACCAGAGGUGCAGAAAAAGCUGAAAGACCGCUUUCGAAUGAGGGGGUUCCGUCAUAAUCAACUCGAGGCCAUAAACGCCACCUUGGCUGGCGACGACGCCUUUGUGCUGAUGCCGACGGGCGGUGGAAAGUCUCUGUGCUACCAACUCCCAGCAGUAGUCAGGUCUGGCAAGACUAGAGGUAUGACGAUUGUCGUCUCGCCUCUGCUCAGUCUUAUGCAGGACCAGGUCGAUCACAUGAGGGCCCUCGGUAUCCAGGCCGUUGCAUUCAACAGCGAGUGCUCUGCCGAGUACAAGAGGCAGGUUCUAGGUGCAUUCAACGAACGGAACCCCGAGAACUUUGUCGAGCUCCUAUAUGUGACGCCGGAAAUGGUUAGCAAGAGUAUGCAGUUUGAAAGGGCCAUGGAGACUCUGUAUCAAAAGGGCAAGUUUGCACGACUCGUCAUCGACGAAGCGCACUGUGUCAGUCAAUGGGGUCACGAUUUUCGCCCCGACUACAAGACACUCGGCCGGAUGCGCUCCAAGUUUCCCAAUGUCCCCAUCAUGGCCCUCACCGCCACGGCCACGCAGAACGUCAUCGUGGACAUCAAACACAACCUCGGCAUGCCCCGAUGCAAGGUCUUCUCCCAAAGCUUCAACAGGCCCAAUCUAUCCUACAAGGUGCGCCCCAAGGGCACCAACGCCAACGUGCUAGAGCAUAUCGCCUCUCUCAUCAAUGAAAACUACGACGGGAUGAGCGGCAUCAUCUAUACUAUUUCUCGGAAGCAGGCCGAGGAUGUCGCAGACAAGCUAUCAUCCAUCCACGGCGUCGCUGCGGGAUUCUACCACGCCGGCAUAGACCCUGUAUCAAAGGCGGAGGUGCAGAAGUCGUGGCAGCGCGGGGACAUGAAGGUGGUUGUGGCGACAAUCGCCUUUGGCAUGGGAAUCGACAAGCCCGAUGUGAGAUUUGUCAUCCACCACGGUAUACCGAAGAGCCUCGAGGGCUACUACCAGGAGACCGGACGUGCCGGCCGAGACGGCAAACCGUCAGACUGCAUCCUGUAUUUUGGCAAGGCGGACGUACGGGUCCUCAAGAAGAUGAUACAGGACGGCGACGGGAGUGCAGAGCAGAGGGAGCGACAGAUGAAUAUGUUGAACCGGGUGACGGCCUUUUGCGAGAACAAGGCCGACUGCCGGCGUGCCGAGGUGCUGCGGUACUUUGGCGAGGACUUCGACGCGUCGCAGUGCAACAAGACGUGCGACAAUUGCCAGGCGGGGUUGGUGUUUGAGGAACAGGAUUUCUCGAGCCACGCCGUUGCCGCAAUCGAGGUGGUCAAGGCGCAGAGGAAGCUGACCCCCAGCCAGUGCGCCGACAUACUCCUGGGCAAGAAGUAUCCGGAUCAUGAGGGCCGCUACUCGGACCAGUGGUACGGGCAGGCACAGGGCCUCAGGAAGUACGAGGUCAUCCGCAUCAUCGACAAGCUCUACGCGGAGAAGGCCUUCAAGGAGUACAACCAGGUCAACCGGCACGACCUGGCCAUCCAGUACCUGAGCCUGGGCCCCAUGGCCAAGGCAUUCCUCCUCGGCCACCGGAAGCUCAUGCUUACCAUCCAGGUCGACGACAAGGCCAAGCCAAAAGCCAAGAAGGCGACCGGCAAGAAGGGCAAGGGCAAGGACAAGGGCGACUCGCUCGCCGUGCAGUCGACCUAUGUGUCGUCACCGAUCGAGAGGCGUAGGGGCCGCUCCCGUGUUGUGGAGAGUGACGGCGAGGAAGGAGAGAGCGGUCACCCCACGACGGCCCACGGUUACGAGGACGACGGAUUUGUCGUCGACGACGACGUGCUGGACAUUGAACUCGAAGAAGACGACGAGGAUGCAUUUGCCCCACCUCCUCGGGCCGCGAGACCAGCUUCCAAGGUAUCGACAUCGUCCAAGGCAACCAGAUCCGCACCCAAGCCAAAACCAUCCAAACCACAAAGGAGCCCAGGACCGCCCAUCCCGACCGACACGCGGCUGGAAGACCUCCCCGAGAUCCACCAGGACAUAGCGCAAAACUUUGUCAUCGAGGCCAAGAAGUGGGAGGAGCAGGUGCGCAACCGCAAGGAGAUCCGUCGCCCCCUCUUCUCGGACCGGGACCUUCGCCAGAUGGCCAUCAACUGGACCACAUCUGUUGCUGAGAUGAGCCGCAUUCCCGGAAUAGACGUUGCCAAGGUCAUGGAGCACGGACCCAAGCUCGUCGUCAUUCUACGGAACUUUCACCAAACAUACAAGGAGAUGAUGGGACCGGCCAACACUCUCCCCACCCCAGCCCCGAUUCCAGCUCCAGCGCCCCCUUCCCGCCAGCAGCAGCAGCAGCAGCAGCAGCAGCAAGAAGAAGAUAUAGUAGAUCUCAUAAGCUCGGAAUCCGAAAUGGACGACCUGGACCUCGACGAUGAAGACGACGGCGAUCUCAACGUACCAGCCUCGUCCUCCUCUCACUACUUCGAUAACGACCCCACCUCCAGGCUCGAGGUGCAGGCCUUCCACGAAAGACUCCAAGGUCUGGCAGGCGGUGGCGUGGCGGGCAGUCAAUCAACCGGUGGCGGCAGAGCCCGCUCCUCUUCUUCCUCAGGUUACAGAGGUGGUAAGAAGUGGGGUGGAGGAGGAGGAGGAAGGAAGUGGUCUAAGAAGGGCGGCGGCAGUUUCGCCAAAAGGAAAGGAGGUUCCUCUACCUCUUCGUCGGGAUCGAGAAGGGCUAGCGGUUCCGGGACCGGUUCAUCGAGGGGUGGGAAGAUUACAAGGAAGACUGGCGGUGGGAUCGGGCUGAUGUCGUUGUGA